AUAGAGACAAGAUGUUUCCGCAAAUACGUUGUUAAUUAUGUGCUAAGUGGCUUAAAAAAAAGAUCCUACAUUAGAUCGUUCCUCCUGGUUGCACCGUUGUACGCAAUAAAAAAAUUAAAAAGAAGAAAAAAAAAUUACUAGUGCAACCGUGACCUUGUGAAAAUUCCAUUGAAAAUAUUUUAACAAUGUGCUGUUAAUUUUUGUGCGUGUUAAUUAUUGUUAAUUAUCAAUAGUAACGUAAGUAAAAUUGGAGUGAUGGUCAAUAUAUAAAUUGAUUGGAUUUCUGACGAUUAAUUUAGAUAAGAAUUACAUUCACAUGUGAAUAAGUGACGUGGACAAUGAUGGCUAAGAUAAAUAAUUAUACGUGUUCUAUGGCUGUCGCUAUGGCUGGUUGGUUUGUUUUAAUUAUUUUUAUUAAUACUCCUGUGUAUGCUGAUGAUUUGUCAUCGUCAUUGACUGCCAGCGGAAUUCCCACGACUACUGAAACCAGUUUUCAUUCAAAUGCUUUCUUAGAUUCUGUGGAAAAGGAUGACUCUAAUUUGAAUGAUAAAACACAAACAACAUCAUCACCAAUUGUACUGCAGCCAAAUAUAACAGGUGCUUUAGAUGUUGGCCAAGGUCUUUUAGUACCGUUGGUACCAGUGGUAGAUCCCACUGCAAAUAAAACCUCAGCAAGUCCUCUGGUAGCGAGUCUUUUACCAGUAGCCGUUGAAUCAGUUCCUCCGACAGAUCAAUCUGAUGAAUCAGACGAUGGAUCUGAUUCCAGUUCGGCUGAGAUAAAAGAUGACAUGGAUGUUGCUGAAGACAUUAUCUUUAGACCGCUAUUUAGGUAUCGUCAAGAGGUUGCUGCUCGUCAAUCAAAGUCUUACAAUCAGAGAUAUUAUCAGCCAUACAUAUAUGCGUAUCGCAAGCGUCCAAAUUAUUAUAAUUAUGACGACGCAGACUAAUCUGUAUAGUUUAUUAUACAAUUAAUGUAAAUAAUUAUCUCAGUAUUGUCAAUAGCA